UGUUGUCACGUUACGAGCUGUGUGCCUCGUCUGCGUUAAAACCAAUCCAUUAUCUUCGUUCGACCCUUAAGUAUGUCGACCAAGACGCCACGGUCAGCAAGCGGAACUAAGAAACAAUCAAAGAAGCGCAAGCGUAAGCACUCCAAAGGUUCGAAGCUGAGCGAAACGCAACAGGACAUCGCAACAGAACAAGCCAGACCAGCAGAGGAGCCACCAAAGCCUGAGAAGAAAUUCUCAAUUGCAAUUCAGGAAUCAUCCACGACUAGAAAUGCUGAUCAGAUUCCAUCCGAGCAGACCACUCAAGUGGGAGGGCAGCAGCUUUUAUCUCCGAUGUGCCCAGAAGCGUCCACCAUAGACCUAACGACACGCCGACCGUCGCAUCUGUCUGAGCAGAUUGGGGAAGCAUCUGCCGUAGAAGCACCAACGCAAAUGUUCUCCACUACAGUAGCUCAGAAAGAAACGACGACGGGAGGACCGGCGACGGAGACCACGAGACCCCUACUGUCUCUUUCUCCCCCAAGUACAGCUGUCGACACCGCUAGGGGCAUUGAAUUGACACCAUCUCCAGUAAAAGAUGCCGUAACGUCCGAUCUUGACAAACGAGAGCCGUCAGCCUCUGCCAGGGUGCCUUCCGAAGACAGGGUACCUGUUCUUCGUGGUUUGCGGAGAAAUUGCGCGAAGACAGUCCUUGUGAUCCUCUAUCACGUCUACUUAGUGGUCGGAAUCUCCAACACAUGGAGCCGAACUGUGUCGUGGUGUAACAAUAUCAAAUUUCUAACUGCUGCAACGGUAGCUGCGUAUUUGUUCUUGGCGGUUUCUGCUGCACUCCAGCGCUGGGUGAUUGCGCCGUUCGAGGGUGCAGCGAUGGAGGACAACGCUCGCCUCAGGACGAAAGAAGUUCAGCUAUCUGGGGGACCUACCUCCGUGUCGAUGACGCAUCCAGUUUUCUACGGAAGUGUAGCUGUCGUUGGCUGCUGUUUGCUUCUUCUGGACAUCAUGGGAAAUCCAUAUCGUCUGCAAUCUCUGGGGGGCCUUCUAGUCCAGCUAUCUGUUGGGUAUUUCUGCUCCUACAACAGAGAUUCUAUACCCUGGAUCCAAGUGAUGCGCUGUAUUCAGGCACAGUACAUAGUCUCCAUCGCCGCUCUGCGGUGGAAUAUCGGCCAGCUCAUACUAAACUGUGUCUCUCAGAAGGUAGAAACGUUUCUGGAGCUCGCCCGUGGCAGUUCCGAGUUUGUUUUCGGCUACUUGGCCACAGGAAUCAAUAUGACAACGGUUCUGGGAGACUUCGCCGAAGGACACAAUGUCACAGAUGUUAAGCCAGCUUUUAUCUUCAAUACCAUAUCAACGGUGUUCUACGUCAGCUUCUUCGUGAACGUCAUGUGUUACUACGGGUUAAUACAGGCCGUCAUUGCACGGAUGGCGGUCAUUCUGAGAGCCACCACGGCUUCCACACCCUGCGAGUCCACGAGUGUUGCGGCCAACAUAUUUCUCGGGACGAUCGAAGCCCCUUCAAUGAUAUACCCGUACCUUCCAACAUUAACCAAGUCAGAGCUGCAUACUGUCAUGGCGGGAGGAUUCACCAAUAUUGCGGCGACUGUGUUGGCAGCUUAUGUUACCCUUGGCAUCGAAACUAAUCAUCUUCUAGUAGCGUCAGCGAUGAGUGCGCCAGCAGCCAUCGCAUGUUCCAAGAUACUCUACCCAGAGACCGACGAAGUCGACAACCAGAGUACAGACUUCAAUCCCGCGCAAGGGAAGGAACAGAGCGUCUUUGAAGCCGCCUCCAAUGCUGUCCUGGCUGCCCUCGGCAUGAUGGGAAGCGUCGCUGCCAGUAGCAUCGCUCUCCUUGCCCUUCUCGCAUUUUUCGACCAGGCCCUCUACUACGUUCUCGACAACAUCGACAUGGAGGCCGUCACCUUGGAAGAACUCCUCGGAUGGACGUUAGCACCGCUGGCUAUGGCGAUGGGAGUUCCCUGGCAUGACUGCAUUAAGGUGGGACAGCUCGUCGGAAUCAAAGUACUCGGCAAUGAAUUUAUCGCCUACCUGAAACUGAUUGGGAUGCAAGCUGAGCUACAGGAGCGCUCGGUUGCCAUAGCUACGUAUGCCUUAUGCGGUUUCGGCAGUUUGGGUUCCAUCGGCAUCAUGAUGGGAGGCCUGGGAGCGCUGUGCAAUGACCGCAUUGAUGACAUCACCCAGCUUGGUUUCCGAGCCAUGUGGGCCGGUUCCAUGGCUUCAUUCAUGACCGCUAGUGUCGUUGGGAGUAUCAUAUCUUGAACUUCUACGUCAAACGCAGAAGUCGGAGCAGACGGCGAUGAGCAUCCAAUAGCAGCUGGUAUUGCCGCAAAACAAAAAGAUAUCUUUAGUUCACGCAAGAUGAAUAAACAUGCAUGCGUGUCAAAAUGUCA